AUGAAGUCGACAAAAGGGGCCAUUUUGGCUCUUUUUCUGCUGGUGGCAUUCGCAUCAUCCUGGGCCAAAGUUGAAGAGGAGAAUCCAGAGUUCUGGAGGUCACAGGCACGGAAGACGUUGCAGUCAGCUUUGGACAGGAAGCUCAACACAAACGUUGCGAGAAACAUCCUGCUCUACCUCGGAGAUGGGAUGGGAAUCACAACUUACACAGCAGCUCGUAUCCUCAAGGGACAGCUGCAGAACCAGACAGGAGAGGAGACUGUGAUGACCAUGGACACCUUCCCCAGCGUGGGAUUGGCUAAAACCUAUAGUGUGGACUUCCAGAUUCCAGACAGUGCAGCCACAGCCACAGCGUAUCUGUGUGGAGUGAAAACCAACCUGAACACCUUAGGAGUGAAUGCAGCAGCUCGCAACGGAGUCUGCAAGACUCAGAAGGGCAACGAGGUCACGUCCAUUCUAAAGUGGGCCAAAGAUGCAGGCAAGUCUGUUGGCAUCGUCACAACCACACGCGUGCAACAUGCCACCCCAGCCACCAGCUAUGCCCACAGCGCCAGCAGGAAAUGGUACAGCGACGCUGACAUGCCUGAGGCCGCCAAGAGGGACGGCUGCACCGACAUCGCCGCUCAGCUCCUCAAUAACACAGACAUCGAUGUGAUCAUUGGUGGCGGCAGAAAGUACAUGACCCCCAGGGGCACCAAGGACCCAGAGUAUCCCAAGGCUUUCUCCUCCAGGGGCAAGAGAAAAGAUGGACGCAACCUCAUCAAUGAGUGGCAGAGCAUGAAAACUGGGAAGAAAGCCCACUAUGUGUGGAAUAGAACAGAUUUUGAUGCCGUCGACCCUGAAACCACAGACUACCUCAUGGCUCUGUUUGAACCUGGGGACCUGCGCUUCGAGGUGGAGAGGGACCCAAGCAUGGACCCGUCCAUUGUUGAGACCACAGAAAAGGCAAUCCGCAUUCUCCAGAAAAACCCAAAUGGCUUCUUCCUGCUUGUGGAGGGUGGGCGUAUCGACCAGGCUCACCACGCUGGUCAGGCCUACAUGGCCCUCCAUGAGACAGUUGCCUUUGACUACGCUAUUGCCAAGGGCCUCGAACUCACCAAAGAGCACGAAACUCUCACCUUAGUGAUGGCUGACCACUCCCACCCAGUUACCUUCAAUGGAUACCCGUUUCGAGGACAAAGCAUUCUGGGUAAAUCCCCACUUUGGGCUAAAGACAUGCUGCCUUAUACCACACUGAUGUACGGCAACGGACCUGGACACAAAAUCACCAAUGGCACGCGGCCUGAUAUUCGCAAUGUCAACACCAAAACUAAGGACUAUGUCCAGCUGUCCGCGGUGCCCACAGAGUCAGCCACCCAUAGUGGAGAGGAUGUGGCAGUGCUUGCCCGUGGACCCAUGGCCCACCUCUUCCAGGGCGUCCAUGAGCAGAACUACAUCGCUCACGCCAUGGCCUACGCUGCCUGUGUGGGCGCUGACCUGAGGCACUGCCAGGGACAAACUGCUCACACCACCACCAAUGAUAACAUCGGGAACAGGGCUCAUGGUUCAGCGGCUCUGCUCAGUGUCCUCCUCAGUACGCUGCUGGCACAUGCACUGCUGAUGUAA